UUGACUCCUCAACCUUAUCAAGGCAAACUUGUUGCAAACAAAAACUUGCAAACAAGUUUUUUUUUGACCUUGCAUUUUUCAGAAAUCAAAAUUUCCGAAACUGCGCUUGCUGUCGAUAACUGCGGAAGCGCAAUCGGUGUAUGGAUUUCAGUUGUUGAGCAAAUGUCCCAAUGUCGAAAACCUCUAUACGGGAUUGAAAGUUCCAGAUAAUCCGACUAGAUUUGAUUUGGAUGUGCUUUUACGCAUUUAUCAGUCUUUCUGGAACACGGUAUCAUCUGCAGAGGUAGGAGAGGACGAAGGUGAUGCAGAAAAUAAAGCUGGCUAUUGGCUCGCUAAGUUACCAAAGCUUAGGCAAGUCGGCUUCUGGAACGCACCAGAAAAGCUUUUCUCCAUAAUGGCUCGAUGCGACAUCGGUUUUGAUACUUUGCAAUUUGGGCAGCUCAACCAAGCUCUGACUCGAUUGUGUUCGCUGGAUUCAGUCAUGCAGGUCAAAAUCGAAGUCCUAACCCAUGAUUAUUCGAUCUAUCUAUGGUUUUCAGGCUUUAUUUAA